UACAGCAGAUCAACGUGUUCUUUUGCUACCAAUUCAGACUUUGUUGCUCAACCAACUUAACCAAAUGGAUUCAAAUGCAUCAGGCUUUGUUCUAAACACUUCGACUCUCCACUCAGUUUAUUAUCAAGGCAAGGAAGGCAAUGGUAUUAUUGAUCUUGGUCUUAGUCUGAGAACUUUGCAGCCUGAAGCCUACCAUCCGUCUAGACAUAUGGCCGGCCUGGAAGGAUACAAUGACCUGAUGAGUUGGCCCCAGGCUAACUCACAGAUGAAAAGCUCAAACAGUGGAUAUUCGAGGCCGGUAGCAGAAGAUUGUGAUGAUGAGGCAGAGGGGGUCCAGAGCAGAGAGAAGCGGGCUUAUGUCAAGGUUACCAUGGACGGGGUUAUGGUUGGUCGCAAAGUUUGCAUGCUUGAUCAUGGAGGUUACUCAGGCCUUGCACGUCAACUAGAAGAAAUGUUUGGUAGGAGGCAAAACGAAUCAGGGUUAAGGCUGUUUGAAGUUGAGUCCGAGUUUUCCUUGUUAUACAAGGGCAUGGAGGAAAAUUGGAGGAAUGUUGGCGAUGAACCGUGGAAGGAGUUCGUGAAACUUGUGAAACGGCUGAGGAUUUCGCGAAAGAAUGAAUGAAGCUGAUCUUUAUCCUUGUUCAUCGUCAUUCAACUGAUUUAUUUCUCCUGCUCCCUCCUUUAUAUGGUUUCUAAAAUUUGUGUGGAUUCCUGUAAUUUAGAAGUGACCACCAACUAGAAGAGAGAAAACGAGAAAAUGUCAAGUGAAAAUGUUAUCCAGUGAACUUUGACAUGUUUUUGGAUAAUUUUUACAGAUUGUACCACCCAGUAGCUGUUCUGUUCC